AUGAAGUUAGAUUUCGCCACUGCCACUUUAGUUUUAGCUGCUAUCUCAUCUGUUGCCGCAGCCCCAGCUGCCGACGCUCAAGUGAAAGUCACUCAAUUGACUGUUAGAGAAACCAAUAUUGUCAACAGUGCCUUAGCCAACUUACAACAUUACAAUGCUAAAAGAGAUCUCAUGUCUCAAGAAGAAAUGACGAAAAGAGAAAACCAAAUUGUCACUGAUGUCUUGACUGCCAUCAAAAACACCAACUUAGCUCCAGGUAUUCUUAAAUAUUUCAUUAGUGAUCCAACUUUGUCUAAAAUUGCCGUAGAUGUUAUUGUUGGUGCUAUUAAGAAUGGUUACAUUAAUUUGGGUACUUUAUUGAAAUCAUUGAAUGAUUCUGGUUUAGCCGUUGAUGUUAUCAAGGAUUUGAUUAACGAUUGUCAAUUCUAUGCUUACAUUUAUAAAGCCAUUUUAGACAAACUUGCCAGUUUACCAAACCUUAUUGGUAAUGCUUUAGGUCUUAAUGCCAACACUGUGUCCUCUAAAAUGGCUGCUGCCAAGAGAGAAAUUAUGGUUGAAAGCGCACCAGAACCAAUUUAUGCUAGAGAUGGUCAAGAUGUCCUUACUUCUUUGAUGGAAUCAUUGAAAAGUUCUGGUUUAGCUAAUCAAGUUGUUGAAGCUUUGGUUGUUGAUGAUCAAUUUUACACUUUUGGUGGUGACUUGAUCAAAGAAUUAAUUGAUGAAAAAGCUAUCACUCUUGGUCAACUUAUUGAUGCCUUGGCUGAUUCUGGUUUGAUCCCAUCUCUUUUCCAAGCUUUCUUAAACUUUGACACUUUGAAAUCAGUCGUUGUUAAUGCAUUGGCUGCUGCUUUUGGUAAAUGUCAAAAUGCCACUCCAACUUCAUCUUUAAAGACUUCUCCAACUGGUUCUGCCACUGUUUCAAUACCAUCUCCUACUGGUUCAAGUGGUCCAAUUACCUGUAAAAAGAAGAAGAGAAGAAACUACUAA